AUUCAAUUCAAAAUGGCGGCUAUUAGAGGUGCUUCUUUGAAACAAGUAGCAAAAGUCACCGUUUCGUUUUGUCCUUUUGACCCUAUGACAGCAACAGCAAGGUAAAGUUGAAGAGGUUAUGAAUUAUUUUCCGACUAAGAAAAAAACUUGCACUAUUUCUUGAUAGAUGGCCUAUUACUUAUAGACCCAGUCCAGUCCCCCUGCAACCAGGUUAAUAUUUUCACAUUAUUUUUCCCUUUCGAGUGCAGAGGUUGCCUUCUUUCUUUUGGCACAUUAUCACCACUUAUAAAGUAACAGCGCAAGUUCAUGAGAAAAAUAGACCAUUUUGAAUAAUUUUCAAUGAGUAAAAAAAAAUAAUAGUAACACUACACAUUUCAAGUGGUACUUGUAGCCAGUGUGGAGCCCUAAUGGGGUAAAAUUCCAACAAUUAGCGACACGGCCUUGAAACAGUGACAUAAGACAGUUGAAAUAGCAGCAAAAGACAUGAAGGUGGGAUGAGACUAUUAAAACUCCGACAGUGAUGAGGAAAAUCUCACUGACAGCAUGCAGGAUGGCCUUCUUUUCAAUGGAUCGCAUUAUACUCACGUAGCCAGCAUCUAUGCAAAUUUAUUGGAACAAAAGAAAGCAUUUGCAUAAGAAAAGAGUUCAACUCGCACACGAUUGGUUUGGGACACAACAUGGCCACAGUUUCAUUGUUUUGGGACACCAAUAUGGCCACCAUGACGUCAUGUGAAAACAGUCUAUACAAAACAUGACUACUUUUGAAAUUCAGACCAGGGACAUCCCCCUCCCCUUCCCUAACAAGGCCUUAUCAAUGAUAUUUUGCUGUAGAACAGUCAACUGUAGUCAAACUAAAAUAAUACAGACACUGAGGAGACCAUAGUGAGUGUCUGUAUUAACAGGGUGUCCCUAUUAAGUGGGUUGAAUUUAGAGAAAAUGUAAGGGUUUCUUUCCCCAGGGACACAGCAAACUGUCUGUGAUAAUGAGGUGUACUAGAAGUGGGUGUCCAUAAAGUGGGGUUUUGACUGUAGUGCCAACCGUGCACUCAGGACUAGCUCAGUUUGUAGAAUGCUUGACUGCAGAGCAGGAUGUCGUAGGUAUCAUUCGCAGGGCAGGACCAAUGCUCAGGAUCUUUCAAAUAACUGAGAAAUGAAGGCACUGUUUUUACCUUGUAAAUGGCAAGACCGUUGAAUGACUUGGAUGACCACAUGUGAAGUGACAGUCCCAUCUCCAGUAGUAGAUGUAAAAAUAGUGUCCUCAGUUAGUACUUCUGUGGUAAUUACAUAAUUUGCUAAUAUUAUACAUGCUUCUGGUAUGAGCAUCUCUUGGAAGGUGUAAAGUGCAGGUGUAACUAAAGCAUCGCGUAAAAUCCUUGCCCUAAUCCUUACACCUUCAGUUGCUCCCUCACUGGCACCUGUAAAUUAAACCUAGCAGUUUUAGACCCUGUUUACGUGGAGUGGGGGACCCCGGUCUAGUGGGGUAAGUUUCUUUUGUUUUGUGUCCCCCAGAGCGUGAAAACAAAAGAAACUUACCCCACUAGACCGGGGUCCCCCACUCCAUGUAAACAGGCCCUUAAUCUGUGUUGUGUGGUUCCCUGCAUUUUUCAAUUUUUUUUUCAUUUGCAAUUUUUAGGGAAUUUCUUAGAAGAGUUUCAAGUAAAGGUAUGAGGGACUCCAACGCUAAAUGUGAAAUUAUAUCAGAUAUCAAGAACGAUGGAUCAGAGCCAGUGGUGCAGGUUGUUUUCAGUAAGUGGGGAACAAUAAUGUAUGCCUUGCAGGAAAAAAAAACCUGGACUCUUGUUUAAUAGCAGUUCAUGAUUUUAUUUGUCGUGUUUUACUCCUGUCCUGUCAUAUUUUCUCUGAGGAAAAACUCAUAUAGGAAUGUACUAAACACUAAUAAAUUUAUACAGCUAGAGAGGUUUUAUUUGUUUGGUCUCACUAUAGUAUUUCAUUUACAGCUGACUAAACAAUAGCCCAGUUUUUAUAUGUCAGGAAAAUCCCAGACAAUGGGGGAUUUUACUGUUUCCUGACCAUCCCAGAUUUUGCCAACUAAUGAAAACUCCAAAUCCUAGAUAUCCCUGAUCAUCUGGGAUGGUCAGGGACAAAUCUGGAGAAUUGGGGAGCAUUUCUAUUUUCCUGGCAUGUCCCAGGUUUCUGCAAUGGUCGGCAAUCAUUUCCAACAAAUGAAAACUCAAAUUUGUACUGUGGGAGACGUGGCGAUGGGUUUCGCUCAUUACCAAUCCUCUAAAUUGCUGGCCUCCAACAUUCCCCUUAUAUCGGGAGAAUCUGGAGCAGACCCCUUGUGUUAUCCAGUAUAUCAGCAAAAUCUGGAAUGGUUGGCAAAAACUAAAAUCCCUGAUCAUCUGGGAUUUUCCCAAAAUUUUGAAAACCUGACAUAAGACAGUUAUGUCACAUGUCUUCAAAAUAUUUUUGUUAUUUUGAGUAUCUGAGAAGUGCCUAUAAAAAAAAGCUAGAUUUGUUUUAUAAGUUAGUACGCUCUGCAGCAUCGAGUGGUGCAUUUUUCCUCAGAUCAGUAGGGUACACCAGCAUAACAGUCAGAAAUACUGUCAGCUUUCAGAUGUCUAUCAUAACACAGUUAUUUCAUUUGUUAACAGAUGACAAAGACACCCUGACCAUGAAAACUAACAGCCUCAAACUUAUGGACAUGUUAGCAAUGUUCAACAGAAGGUGUAGGGAGAAGGAAGUUAAAUAGAUGACUCAUCUGAGCAUUUGAGCAUCUGAGCAUGCAUGCACAAGGUAAAGAAACGCUUUGUACAACUUGCCAUCUUAGGUCUGGUUCAAAUGUCGCAUUUCACGUUUCACAUUUCAUCUUAUAGAGGUCUCUGUGAAGAGAGACUUGACUUUAUUCACCAAAGGUAACCUAUGUCAGGGGCAAUCCAGGAGUUCGACUUUUUCAGGGGGUGGGGGGAUAAAGUCCAUCAGGUUCCAGCUUAGAACUAAGGGCGCUUUACAUUUGUCAGAACUGACUCGCCAACCCUUACCGCCAUAAUGAGAAUUUCACUAUUAAUCAAAACUAUCCAGCCAGAUCGGUCAAAUGCUGUGAAAUAGUGUGUAGGAAGGAGAUGGAUUUUCAGCAAAAACCCUUGGAAAAAGCCGAUUUAUAGCCAAAAUGACUGGUUCAGCUAUGAUGCGGCCGGCCAGUUCUCAGAAAUGGAAAGCGCCCUUGGUUUAUUUAUAAAAGAAGCUAGGAGUAAGCAAGAGUAUGUAUUUUUGACCUAACAAAAAUAAUAAUAUUAUUAUAAUUGUGUGGAUUUAAUAAUCUACAGGAUCAUGUGGAAAGCACAAGACAGUGGGAAGAAAUUGACAGACUGGAAAAAAUCAAGCAGGAAAAGAGAGUGGUACACAGUCAUUUGUUAUACAGAGAUAACAUCAGAUCUAUCCUAGUACACCAGCAAGUUGCCAGUUGGCGUAUCAUUGGAAUGAACUUACAAGAAAAAAAUUUGAGCCUGAUAAAAAUACUGCAUAUUAAAAGGCAACAUAUACACACAGAGGCAUCUAUUUCAUGGAAUUGGGCCUUCCUUGGGUGAUUUUAUUCGUUCAUCUGUCAUGGAUAAGUUUUCUUAACCACAAGGAAUCUACAACUAAAAGAUACUAAAAUUACUUGUUUUUUUUUAUUUCUUCUCC